UUGCUAAGCAACCGCAUCAGGGCCGAGCCUGCGCUUGGAAGCGGCGCCCCGUAGCUCGGCCCUUUGAAGUGGCGGCUGCUGCCCGGAAGGUGGAGCCCGCCCGGCGUGUGGGGUUGGGGCAGGGUACGUGCAGGUUGCAGCCUUUGCCCCCCGGGCCAUGUGGGGGGGUGCCUGAGGGAGCGUCCCAGCAGGAGGAGCUGCUCUGCGAUGGAGGGUGUGUGUGUGGCGCUGCUGCUGCUGGCCCUCCGGGUCACAGUGCACAAAACAGAAAAAAAUUUUGAAAACCCGAAGGAAAACAAUGUUUCAAAACAGGAAGCACUGAAUGAAAGUCAACUAGUGGCAAUGCAAAAUACAUUUUCUUCACAAGUGGAAGAUCUGUCUAGGAGAAAGAAGAAUGAGGAACAAGGACAUCACCUUUAUAAAAAGAGCAUCAAAAUACUGAAACAUUCCAAAAGCAAAAAAGAGAAGGAGAAAGCUUACCAACUCCUUACCAAAGCAGCAGAUAUGGGACAUUUAAAAGCUAUGGAGAAACUGGCUGAUGCUUUGCUGUUUGGGUAUCAUGGUCUUCAAAAUAUAACUGCAGCUGUGACAUUAUAUGAGACUUUGGCUGAAAAAGGAUCUCAUAAAGGCCAAACUGCUUUAGGAUUUAUGUUUUCAUAUGGCAUAGGAAUGGAGUAUAAUCCAGCCAAGGCUCUUGUUUAUUACACAUUUGCAAGUCUUGGAGGAAAUUUGAUAUCCAAGAUGAUUUUGGGAUACCAUUACUGGGUUGGAAUAAAUGUUCCAAGAAAUUGUGAAACAGCACUUACAAAUUACAGGAAAGUGGCAUAUUUAGUUGCUGAUAAACUAAAAAAAAAUGAAGAUAUGCUAGUAGAAAAAGUGAGACUGGUGGAAAAAUCAGAAAAUUUGAGUUCUAACAAUGACUUCUUAGACUGGGAUGUACACCAAUACUACAAGUUUUUGGCUGAUAGAGGAGACACACAGAUACAGGUAUAUCUUGGUCAAUUACAUCUUGCAGGAAGGAAAGGACUAGAGAAAGAUCAUUCUAAAGCUUUCUACUAUUUCCUAAAGGCAGCAAAAGCAGGGAAUACACAUGGCAUGGCACUCCUGGGAAAGAUGUUUUUAGAAGGAAGUGUUGCAGUGACACAGAGUAAUGCUUCUGCAUUUAAGUACUUCACAAUGGCAGCUGAAAAGGGUAAUGCAGUUGGACUGUGGGGGCUAGGCCUUCUUUAUUUUCAAGGAAAAGGUGUUCCUGUGAACUAUACUGAAGCUUUUAAAUACUUCCAUAAAGCAGCUGAGAAAGGCUUGGCAGAUGCACAGUUCCAACUAGGAGUCAUAUAUCACUCUGGCACUGGAGUAAGAAAAGACUAUAAACUUGCCUUCAAAUAUUUUUACUUGGCCUCUCAAAACGGACAACCCGUUGCUGUUUAUUAUUUGGCUCAGAUGUAUGCUGCAGGGACUGGAGUGUUUAGAUCAUGUCAAAAUGCAGUUGAGCUUUAUCGAAGUGUUUGUGAACUAGGAAGUUGGUCUGAAAAAUUCCUGACUGCAUACUUCGCUUACCAGGGUGGGAAUAUAGAUUCAUCUCUUAGUCAAUAUGCUUUAUUAGCAGAAAUGGGGUAUGAAGUAGCUCAAAGUAAUUCAGCUUACAUUCUGGAAACUGAGCAGGUUAAAAUUCUCAGUAAGGAGCAGAUGUAUCCAUUAGCACUUCUCCUGUGGAACCGAGCCGCAGCUCAAGGCAAUGCAUUUGCUAGAGUUAAAACGGGAGAUUAUCACUUUUAUGGUUAUGGAACCAACAAGGAUUAUGUCACAGCAGCAAUUCAUUACAGCCUUGCAGUCGAUCACCACAUUGCUCAAGCCAUGUUUAAUCUGGCAUAUAUGUAUGAACAUGGUUUAGGUAUUCCUAAGGAUAUACAUUUAGCUAAAAGGUGGUAUGAUCUGGCAUCAGAAACAAGCCCAGAUGCUUCCGUUCCUGUGUUCUUGGCACGUAUGAAGCUAGAAGUUAACCUUCUACUCAGCGAGAUGCAACUUUUCAAGCAGUUUAUCCCAAGUUGGAAAUUGUCAAAACUGAACAACAUGCUGCGACCACACUGGGAUCUGUUGAUAAUGGGCUCGAGGAACUGUGGCGAGAUCUACUCGCCAGCCCCACACCGCACAUGGGCCAGCCCGGCACUGCGCAUGCGCACAACACCGGUGAACGGGGCAACCAGCUGAAAUCUACUCGCCACAGGUGAGUAGAUAUGAUUUGUCAAGCCCUGCCUAUAAGCAAAACCUCUCUGCUUCAUAUGGCAUAUUUUUUCUCAGUUUCAGGAGCAAAGCCCCCUGCUUGUAGAGUUUUGUGCAAGCACAGCAGCAGAGUGGAUAUACACAUACCUAUACCAACAUAAGCAGUACACCUGCAAUCACACAAUACUAUAUUCUCUUCAGGAGCAACCUGUUGGUAGUACUUUCACACUAUGCUGCUCAGGAGUCAAAGCUAUCAGAAAUCCACCAUGAAUUACCUGUUCCCACAGGAACAAGAAUAUUACCAUCAACUUGGCAAAAGAUAGCAAAAUUGAUUCUCCUGGCAGAAUCUCAGUGCCUUGCAAAAGUGGAAGGAGCUGAGGAAGGAAUAUACAAGAUGAAGAAAAAUGAGUUUUUGGGUCACUUGUCUGACCUGUGCCUUUUAUGAAUUGGAUGUGUUACUUAUCAGGUACCCUACCAGCUUCACUGUAACCACUGUGGACACUUCACAUCCUGAAGAGAAGGAAGUGCAUAUUCUAAAGAAGAAAAACAUCUCUCCCCUUUCCUCCUGCCAGCACAUAAGGAAAAGGUUUCUGGCAAUGGACAGAAAGGGGAUAACCAGGUCAAGUAUACCCAGAAGUCAGACCCUGAACACCUUACACGUUAGCACCCAUCACCAGGGCUUGACAAAUAAUACAAUCUACUUGCCCAUGGCAAGUAGAUUGUAACCCAGAAGAGCUGGGUUCAGGUGAUCUGCGCGUGCGCAGAUCGCCGGACAGAGCAGCUGGCGAGUGGGGCUCACCGCGGUUCGGCGAGCCCUGCCCAUCAUCCAUGAAGAGAGAUGCAUGUGAUCAGUAAUGUUCAGGAAGCAGCAACAUGCCAUUCCUUUGCCUGCAGGCACAAUUUCACUGCUCCCAUUGGCAAGAAACUGAAAACCACAAUCACUGGGAGCUGCAGCAGGCCAGGGAGGUGGGGUGCCUGUGGAAAAUGAACAUCAGCAAAAAUUCUCAUGGCUCCCAAUCAAAUGCCCAUCACUGAUAUAAACCACAUUGUAGGUUGAUGCUUCUUAAUUGGUGGUGUAGACUAUCAGGUUGCUUGGCUAUCAUGCUAAUAAUAUGAUUGUGUUGAUUUAGAUUAAUUCAUUAAUAUAUUAAUGGGUAGAUUUAGUAUAGAGGUAAUAGUUAAGAGCUGUAACACAAGAAAUCUGCUAAAGGCCAUUUGCAUGAUCAGCAGAAGCUAAGGUUAGCAGAUUUCUGCGGCUGAGAUACUGAUCUAUCCCAGACACAGGUCAUAGCUUCUUUAGAGCUUCUAUGGACUGAAAAGGGGAACUUACGUCUAGGACCUUUCACUCACAUAGGAUGGUAGGGAAAAUACCCUCAGACUCAGCAGAUACAUUAUUAUAUAAAAGUCCCAAAAUAACUGGCUCAGGCUAUAAUCAGGACACAGGAUAUGAUAAAUGACCUAACACCUAAUAAAUGGGCUAACACCUAAGAUUGUUCUAGAAGGAAUAAUCUAAGUAUAUGGUAUGGAAAUAUGGAUGUACAUUUGCUAUCUAAAUUGGGGUGUU